GAGGGAGUCAUUCUAAGACCUGCUGUAAGCACGUCUAGGUUAGAGUUUUUAUUCAAUGGCAUCUUCCAUGAAUUCUCUGGAAACGAUUCAGAAAAAAAUAGAUGCUGUUAAACUCUUCCUCUCUGUUUCACUGAGCAUCGCCAAUGCCCACACUGUGGAUUUCUACACUUGCGAUGUAUGGGACCAGUUCAUGGCGGUGCCACCCGUGGAGGUCUUGACAGAGAUCACUUUGAAUGGUGACCACAAGAGGGCGCCAGAACAUUACUUAAAUCAUGGCAAUGCCAAGAAGAUCACCUUUGGUUUCUGUGAUGAUAGUAAGCGCCUGGUGGAUGUGGCUGAGUUCUUGGAGGCUGCCUAUGCCCACUCCCUGCCUGGCCUCGGGGUCUGUGUGGGCCGCACAGAGCUACUGCAAUCCCUCAGACACACUGACAACGCUCAACCCCUGGAGGAAGUUCCAGGUGCUGUGGUGGAGAGUGAUGAGUUUAUGAACUCCAAGAAGUCCCACGAGGUGCAGGCCAUGUCAGAGGUGGUGGCCAGCCUAGCCCAGCGCUGCCGGGUCAAACAGGUGAUUGAUGUGGGCUCAGGGAAAGGUUACCUUUGCUCCUUCCUGUCGCUGCGCUAUGGCCUCCAGGUGUACGGCAUCGACUCGUCCAGCGUCAACACGCACGGCGCCCAGGAGAGGAACAGGAAGCUCAAGAAGUACUCCCGGGCCUACCAGAGGCACAGCAAAGCCAAUAGGACUCCGACAGUGGUGCCCCCUUCAGGCCAGGAGGACUUGGAGGAUAUUGCACCCGGUGAGAGAGAGAAAGAAGAUAUGGUUAAGAUGAGUGGGGAUGCAGAGAAGGAGGAGGGGAAGGGGAGGAGAGACGGGGAGGCACAGACCAACACAACAGGGUUAACAGAUCGGAAUGAGGAAGAUGCAAUGACAUCACUUACCUCCGCCAUUUUGUUAGAGGACAAUUCCCUUCCAGAGUUGGACCAAAGUGACCCAGCCUCAGCUCCAGAGGAACCCUUUCUCAGUGCCCUGUGUGUGGGCAUGGUGGAGCCCACCUCCCCCCGGGUUCCCCCCAGUGAGUUGAGUCUGGAGGAGAGGGAGAGGAGGAAGAGGGAGAACCUGGAUAGGAAGGCCAGGAGCUGGGUUAACAGUGGUGGCAUGGGCAGCGGCAUGCUGUACUCACCUCUGACCUCCUACGUUACCGCGGAGACGGAGCUCAAAGAGAUUAUUGGGGAGUUAGAGGAUGCGGUCAUGGUUGGCCUGCACACGUGUGGAGACCUGGCGCCCAGCACCCUGCGCAUGUUUGUGGCCAAACGGGAGCUCCUCUCCGUCUGCAGCGUUGGCUGCUGCUACCACCUUCUCUCUGAGGAGUUUGAUCCCACCAGACAAGGUCAUUACAUGGCCAGGGGGGAAAGGAAAGAGUGUCCAAGCAGCAGCGUCUGUGGUUUCCCCCUGAGUGGCUACCUGAGGGAGCAGUCCUGGUUCUGUGGCAGAAAUGCCAGGAUGUCAGCGUGUCUGGCUCUGGAGAGAGUUUCCAAGGGCCAAGGGAUUCAGAUGGAGUCACUCUUCUAUAGGGCCGUCCUCCAUGUGAUUUUAAGGGAUCACUACAGCUCCUUUAAAAGCGAGAAGCGUGUGGGGAACGUCUACUCCAAGGCCACCUCGUUCGUGGACUACGUUUGGAGAGCCCUCCGGAGGCUGGAGCUGGACGAGUCAAAGCUGUCUGACGGUGUCAUACAGGGUUACCAUGACACAUACCGACCCAGGAUGGUUGAGAUGGAGGCCUUUAACAUGCUGAAGGUGACUUUGGCUCCCUGCAUCGAGGGCCUGAUUCUCCUGGACCGCCUCUGCUACCUGAAAGAACAGGAAGACGUGGCGUUCUCCACUCUGGUGCAGCUCUUUGAUCCACUGUUGUCGCCGCGAUGUUACGGAGUUGUCGGAGUGAAGGCACUUGGGACGGAGUUGUCAUAGUGAAGGCACCUGGGACGGAGUUGUCAUAGUGAAGGCACCUGGGACGGAGUUGUCAUAGUGAAGGCACCUGGGACGGAGUUGUCAUAGUGAAGGCACCUGGGACGGAGUUGUCAUAGUGAAGGCACCUGGGACGGAGUUGUCAUAGUGAAGGCACCUGGGACGGAGUUGUCAUAGUGAAGGCACCUGGGACGGAGUUGUCAUAGUGAAGGCACCUGGGACGGAGUUGUCAUAGUGAAGGCACCUGGGACGGAGUUGUCAUAGGGAAGGCACCUGGGACGGAGUUGUCAUAGUGAAGGCACCUGGGACGGAGUUGUCAUAGUGAAGGCACCUGGGACGGAGUUGUCGGAGUGAAGGCACCUGGGACGGAGUUGUCAUAGUGAAGGCACCUGGGAUGGAGUUGUCGGAAUGAAGGCACCUGAGACGGAGUUGUCAUAGUGAAGGCACCUGGGAUGGAGUUGUCGGAGUGAAGGCACCUGGGACGGAGUUGUCAUAGUGAAGGCACCUGGGAUGGAGUUGUCAUAGUGAAGGCACCUGGGAUGGAGUUGUCAUAGUGAAGGCACCUGGGAUGGAGUUGUCGGAGUGAAGGCACCUGGGACGGAGUUGUCAUAGUGAAGGCACCUGGGACGGAGUUGUCAUAGUGAAGGCACCUGGGAUGACAUCAUAGAGUUCUUGGAGAUGGGACAAAUUGCAUUUCCUGCCAUUUGUAUGUUUUAUUUUAUUCAAUUUUUUGCUGACCAUGAUUUUAGCAAGGUUUUAAUGUGAUGAUGUACUCCUUACUCAGUCACGUACAGAUAUGGGAUCAUUGUUUAGUGUUUUCUCUACUUUUGCCUCCUCUGGUUUCUGCCAAUCAUACUGUACUAUGGGGUGUACUGUACCAUAUUGUAUUAAUAAAUCAUUUUUAGAA